AAAUAAUACUACUUGUGAUUCUGAUAAUACGGAAAACCCUAAAAUCCAGAUUGGAGAAAUGGCUUUGGGGGAAUCCGACACCGAUUCCGUCGAUUCCGUUGUGUGUGGUAAACGGAAAAGAGGAGAGAUUCAGGAAACAGAGGAAAUCGAUUCCGGUGGCUGUGGUGGCGAGAACGCGAAAAUCGAUUCCGAUGGCUGUUGUGGCGAGAUUUCGAAAAUCGAUUCCGGUGGCUGUGGUGGCAAGAUUGCGAAAGUCGAUUCCGGUGGUGGCGAUAUUGCGAAAAUCGAUUCCGGUGGUGGUUCCGCCAUGAAAGAGGAAAAAGAAACGAGAAAGGUACUGAAAUUCGAAGAUAUAUAUAAUUUAUUUCAGCGGUACAACGGAAAGAUGCCAUUCGAAGAUGAAACUUAUGAUCCCACAAGGAAUGAUGAUUACUCAAGUGAGGAAGAUGGGGAAAUGUGGGAGGGGAUUGGAAACGAUGCAAUGGUGGAGGAUACUGAAAAAGAUACUUGCGACCGCGAGACCAUUCUCAAAUACAUCAGUCAAGUCCGCAAUAGCUUUGGUUUUGAUGUGGAUGUGCGCCUUCCUUCUUGGCUGCUGAGUUAUCUGAAAUUCCUCCCCGCUGAUGUGUCUGACCCCAUCUAUCAUGAUCAUGUGCAUAGGGCAGCAAGGUUUGCAAUUGAAGAAAUCAAUGUUGACAUGGAAAGCAAAACUUAUGAGUUUGUGGAAAUUGCUAAGGCUGUCUACGUGUACAACCCAGGGGCGCUAAUGUUUUUGACUCUUGUUGUAAAAAAAAUCGAAGCAGAAGGAGCUGCUACUAUGACUCUUGUUGUCCCCAUCAUCAUCAUCAUCAUCAUUGUUGACACCUCCAGCAGUUUGGAGUAUAAAGGGAAGAAUUGCUGAGGAAUUGAAGCGCGUCAGUCAAUGCUGUAGUGUUGACUUAUGCAUGCGAUCAACAUCUGACACUGAAUCGCCUCAGUACGGUCUGGCUCCAUGGGCUUCGAAGGUUGGAGGUUCGAAUUGUUUGGUAUUGUGCUGUUAUUGGAUGAAAUAAUUGGUUUAAACUUUUGUAAUACAUGUGAGUUAUUUUUUCUUGCAUCCUUUUUCCAUCUUAAUUAAUUAAUUUAGAAGGUGAAGAAAAUAUGCUGAUCUUGCUGGUAAUGCAAAGGCCUCCGUCGUUGAAGAUGUAUGAAUAACUGAAUGUUUGUUCGGCGAGAUGUAUUGUUACCUACCCUAGUAUUUUGUAUGAGCUGGUCAGGGGAUUGAACAGCUGAUUGCUGCUGCAUAACUAACUGGAAAGUGAGUGAGCUCGAUUAUCAUGCUGAUUUUUUUUUCUUAGUAGUACACCAUUCAGAAAUUGGCUGAUAAGAGAAUCCAUUUGAGUUUGACCUGAACCAAUAUUAUAGAAACUGCCUCUUUUCUUUGUUAACUGCCCACAACUCCACUCCCUUAAAAGAUUCAUUUAUAUGGUACCUGAGAUGCAUGUGCAGCUAUGGAUGUUUAUUGUCCUUUUGCAACUGAUAUAUGCUGAGGAAAUUGAUCAUCUUUGUGUUGAGUUGUAUUGGUGUUUUUCAUUGUUUUAUUUGAACUUGUAGAUUUGGUUUGCUUAGAUCAGAGCACCGGUAAUUGUGGCUGGUUGCAAGCUCGUCAGGUGAGAUGAAGAGUACAGUUUGAGUGUUGAAAUGAUGCUCUUAUGGAUCAGUUUCAGGAGAUUGAGACUUGCACAGAAUAUACUGCAGCUAAUAUGCUCCAGAUCCAAGAAGUGUUCUACUUUGCUCAAAAGGCUAUCCUUCACCCUACAGCACCUCUGUUUGAUCAAGAAACCCAAGCUUUAAGACCAUGAUGCAUGAGAGCGCAAAGGAUAUUUUUCUUUGUGAUCUUGACAUGGAUGGUGCUCUCAGUGAUGACGAGCUAAAUGAAUUUCUGGUGAAGUGCUUCAUUUCUCCUUUACAACCUGCUGAAGUAGUGGCUAUUAAGAGUUUGGUUCGAGAAAAGUUGCCUGAAGGGGUGAAGGAACUUGGUCUUACCUUGGCAGGCUUUUUUUUUUCUUCACUCUCUUUUAAUAGGGAAAGGACAAAUUGAGACCACAUGGACUCUUUGGAAAAAGUUCGGGUACAAUGAUGUGCUAAAAUUUGGGGAUGAUUGUUUAUCCUUUCCCACAUCCCCAGAUCAGGUGAUUGCCAGGAUGGAGUUCUUCGGGAAAAUGAGCUUGAAGAUCUAUUUUUAACUGCACCAUAAAGGUCAUAUUUGGAGAUACCGAUUCAGUUAUGGUGCAAUUUGGUGUGCCCUCAGUUGAAGCAGCUACGGACUUGGGUAGGGAGGCUGCUUAUUAUGUUAGUGGCACUUUCAUCAGGGUACAUUAGGGUGUGCUCUUAUUUUGCUGCUUUAUCAGGCAGAGAGCCUAAACAUUAGUAGUGAUGUAUCUCCGGAAGGUGUCCAACAAGCGCUAUUGAAAAAUGGCCGAGGGAAUUGUAAGUACCAUUAUUUCUUAUGGUGUCAUGUGAAUUUGUUUGCUAUGUUGCUAACAUGCCUCGAUGAAUAUCAUGUGAAAUGAUAUAGUGUGCUUUGGAUAAUUCUGAGCCUUAGUGAAUUUUCGUGUAUGAGCUUAGAUUAGUUGUGUACAAAUUAGAAGGCAUACUUUUACAUUUGUGUGCGUAGUCUUGUGUAGAUUGACACAAACUGAAAUGCAGCAUCUCUGUAUCUUCUGGAAUCUGAAAUUUUGUGUUAAUGCUUGAAGAGUCACUGACAUAUACUGUUUCUGCGAUUAA